AUGGCAUCCCCGCCGCCGUCGCCGGAGCCGGACUGGGCCGGCCUCCCUGAUGAUGCCCUGCUUACAGUGUUCGAGCGCCUGGGCGCGCCGGAGGUGCUCAUGGGCGCCGGGGUCGUGUGCCGCAACUGGCUCCGCGUCGCCACCGGCGAGCCCGACCUCUGGCGCCGUGUUGACCUGUCCGACUGCUUCGACCCCACCAUCGACAUGGUGGCCAUGGCGUGCGCAGCCGUCGACCGCGCCGACGGCCGCCUCGAGCACUUUGCCGCCGACUGUUUCGUCACCGAUGCGCUGCUCUUCUACAUGGCCAAGAGAACUAAUGGGUUGAAAAGCCUUCGGCUAGUUAACUGCAUGAAAGUCUCACACAAAGGCUUGGUUGCUCUGGGCAAGAGAUCCCCCCAUCUGGAGGAACUUGAGCUUACUACCUGCUCCAUCUAUAUUUCAAUGAAGGCUGUUGGCCAAGCAUUCCCACAGCUGAAGCGGCUGCGCCUGAACAACCGGUGA